AUGACGGAAAAGUCGCUCCUUCUGAAGUGUGACUUCGCUGGUCAUUACUUCAUGGUCGGCACCGACUUCCCCGCCGCACGCAUCUUCGACACGACGACCUCAUCCCUGGCCGCUGUUGUGGAGUUGCCGCUGCGCCGGCGCACAGUCUCGCUCGCUGCGCUGACACUGACGUCUGUCGCGAUUCGCCAAGCGGAGGAGAACGAAGCGCCAGCGUCAAGCGGGAAGGGAAGCUCGCUUGCCGAUCACCGCAGCGAGGCGCUUCUCGACAACAAGGUCGCCACAUAUUAUGCCGCCGUCGGCCUCAGCGACGGUACGGUGAUCCUGCACGAUGUUCGCCGCGACGUUCAGCUCGCCCAUGUGCAGGUGUCAGAGACGCAGCAGCCAAUCAUCUCGCUGCAGAUGUGUGGCGAGUACGCGUUCUGCUUGGCUGCCAACCACAUCCUGUACGUGGUGCACGUUCAGAACGCAACCUCAGGGCCGUGUCUUCGUCUGUGCGUGCAGCCCGAUGCGAGCUCGAUCGCGGUCACCACACUCACUGCUAUGGACACUGCAGCAAUGACGGCGGCCCGCACAGCAUCAAGCGCCACCGGCUCGCAUCGCGUCUUUCGCGUACUCGUCUCGGGGCCCACAAACGCGCUGUACGAGAUGCGUGCGCUGGCGAGCAAGAGCAGCUGCAGCGGUGCCAUGGCUGGCUCGGCUACCGCCAACACGGCAGUCGCGCGGCAGGUGCACGCCACGAAGCUGCUGACAUUUCCAUCGCAGGGAACGAGUGCCGAGUUUGCAUGGGUGAGCAGCGUGGCCCCGUCAGCUCAGCCUGCUGGUGGCGGUGGUGUGUCAGGCACGCCCGUCUCUCUGCCGGCCAUCACGGCCAGUGCGCAGGAUGGUGUUGUGCGCGUCUGGGACGUGCGGUACACGCCGCCGCCCUCCUCUGCCGCUGCCUCACUCCUCACCACCGGUCUUGACAGCGUCGCUGCAUCGUCGUCGGCAGUGGUGGCGCGGUGCCGUCGAACGCUUCUGUGCGGACAGCGCAUCCUCAACGUAUCCGUGCUGCCAGAUACGGCCAACGGCAGCCGUAAGGGCAACUACGUCAUGGUGACGACCCUGACCGGUUCGGUGCUUCUCUGGAGCCUCGGUGACGCUCUGCUGCCGCCAGUUGUGGAGCCGGUGCCGCUGAAGCCGGAUGUGGUGCUCGUGUCUGCGGUGGCAGCUGGUCGGCUCCUCUUCGGUGCGCUGCGGCCGGCGUCUGGAGCACCCAGCCACGCCGCCGCAUCAGACAGCCCGCUGCGUUCGCUGGAGAUGACCCUGUUGCGCGGUCGCUUCGCUCUGCCCCUGUUUGAAACCAAGAACGUUGGCGACGCCGUGGAGGAGGCCUCGUCCGCAGCUGCCGCAGCGCCGCCGGAGUUGGCAGCCACCACGGACGCGACCGUCGGAGCCCGCACGAAGGCGAGGGCGGCGAAAGCGAAUGCUGUCGACGCGCGACGCACGGCCCUCGCCACCCUCGCCCUCGGCGUGGCCGGCACGAAUGCGAGCGUCGCCACCGUCGUGGAGCUGCCGCUGAACGCGACGCACGCCUCGCUGCUGGCAGACCAGCGCGACGCGGAGUACCUUCUCCAGCACACCACCGACGCGGCUACGAGCGCCUUCGUCGUGAUGGACACCGUCUGGGCAGCGCACCAGCAGCAGGUUGCCGCAAAGGCGAGCCAGUACAUGACGGACGCGUUCAAGGCACCGCAGCUAUACCACGCCAAGUCCAUUCAGGACCUGCCAGUGAAGCAGCACACACUCGAGCAGCGGCUGCAGCAGGUGGCCCGUGAAGAGGCGGCCGCCGCGCUGCGGCGGAGGCAACUCGCCACCGGCAGUGCAGCAGCCGCCGAGGGAGCAAGCGGCACCGACGAUGCCCUCGAGCAGCGCCAGGGAGGCGACACCAAGGCCGGUCGCAGUGUCAUCUCACACCACGCCCUCGGCCUCGCUACCGUGCCUCUGUAUCAGGCGCUGCACGCGAAUGACACGUCGGCUGUGAUGGACCUGUUAAGCAUGUCUGCUCGGUCCGCCGAGGGCAUGCGGGCGACGGUGCUUUCCCUGCAGCUUCCGUACUGCCUGCAGCUGCUGCAUGUCAUCUCGGAGCGCUUGGGGCUGUGCAGUAAGGCGGUCGAGAAGGUCACGGCAGCGUCGCAGUUCGGCGCGGGUGACGGUGCAGAGUCAACGACCGCGUAUACUACGGCUGAGCAGGACGGUCACGCCGCCGGCACCGUGAGCGGCAGCGCGACGGCCGACGCAGCGGCGCAGUCAGCAGACGCCUAUGGUGGCAAGGGCAGCGGUGCCGCGCUGCGAGGGGGCGUGGCAGCCUUCUCGAUUCGCUCUUCUCUUCUCGAGUGGAUCGACGCCAUUGUGCACUACCGCGGCAGCGAGCUGCUGGCGGUGCAGCGCGAUUGGGACGCGCGGGAGGCAGCCGGUCGUGCGAGCGAGGCGACACCCCCGAUGGUGGCCUCUCCUCCCAAGGACUUCCUAGCCCCCAUCCUGCACCACUACGAAAGCUUGUGCAGCCAAUACGACAAGCUGGCUGUCCUGUAUGGGCGACUGUCGAUCUUCAAGUCUGUCCGGCCUUCACAGAAGAAUGAGUUCCUGAACAUUCCCCGGAAGUCGCUAUCCUCCAAUGUGGAGAUGGGGCGUCCAGUGCCAGCCGUCAACGGCGGCCUCACCACUAGCAGCGACUCCAGCAAGCGACGCCUGCACCUCACCGGGCGGAGCAGCGUCGUCGAUGACGACAUCCUCUUCCCUGUAAUGUUCAAGGAGUCGCGCUCGCGGUCUGGCCAUCGGGUGGUGCGCGUCCGCAGCAAGCUCGAGAUAGAGAAGAAGCGGCGGCAGCGCGAGAGCAAGGGCGUGGCGUUGCAGAAGCGUGCCCGCGCGCUGGCGCGGGAGCAGCUGCGGAGCACCAAGGCUGCACACAGCAUCCUCGACGACAACAGCGGCAUGAAGCGCGGCGGCCUUGGUGUCAUGGACCAGAUCAUGAUGGCCGAGAUGGCGGGCAAAGACGGCGAGAUGGACCUGGACGCGCUGGAGGCGAUGGACCUUGCUGACGAUGCGAGCGACGCGAAUAUGCCGAGCGACGUCUCCUUCGACAGCGAAGCGGACGAAGAAGGUGAGGACUGCAGUGGGGAGGAGGCGGAGAGUGCGACUGCCGCUCGUGGCAAGAGCAAGAAAACCCGCAGGGAAGCCGUCGUCGCGGACGAAAUGCUGGCCGACGCUGGGGAUGAAGAGAGUGACGACGACCAAGACAAGGACGACGACGCGGCCCUUGACAGCAGCGAGGCUGAGUUCUCUUCGGGCAGCGAUGACGACGUUGGCUCGGACUCCCUGGAUGGCGGCGAUGAAGAGAGUGAUGCUGAAGACGACGAUGACGAUGACGAGGCGCAAGAGAGCAGUGACGAUGACAAGACGCAGGCGUCUGACGCACUCGAUGACGAGGACGAGGACGAUGAAAUGGGCGAGGACAUGCAGGAGCUGCUGAACCGGCAUGAGGACGAUGCGGAUCGCUCAGAGCGUCGAAAAGCCAAGAAGGUGCGCACUGACUAA